UUCGUGACUCUGACGAUAAAGAUCCUCAUGCUGGUCCAAGCCCGCAGCCUCAUCUCGUCUGACCGGCUCAGCAUCGGAAGCCUUGUGUCCUUCUUCUUGUACCAGAAGCCCAUGUCAGACAAUCUAAGGGAGAUUUUGUAUUGCUACGGAGAAACGGUGUCCACAAUGGGUGUCAUUGCCAAAGUAUUUAGUUACAUCGACAGGACACCAAAGUGUAAGAAGGCCGGAGAUUUAGCUCCUGAAAGGCUGCGAGGAAGAAUUGUUUUCCAGAAUGUCACCUUCUCGUACCCUUCAUCUCCUCCAGAUUCCACAGUACUGAAGUCGGUGUCUAUGGAGCUGCAGCCGGGCCAGGUGACCGCUCUGGUGGGUCCCAGCGGCAGUGGAAAGACUUCCUGUGUCAGUCUCCUAAAGAGGCUGUAUGAACCUCAGGAGGGACAGAUCCUGCUGGACGGAGAACCGCUGCACCGCUACAAACACAAGUACCUCCAUCAACAGGUGGCCCUGGUAUCCCAGAAUCCCGUGCUGUUUUCUGGUUCGCUGAGAUACAACAUUGAGUACGGCCUGAAGGACUGCAGCAUGGAGAAGAUUAAAGAAGUCGCAAAGAAGGUCAACGCAGAUGAGUUCAUAUCUGAACUGGAGAAUGAGUACGACACAGAUACAGGAGAAUGUGGCAGCAAACUUUCAGAUGGGUUGAAGCAGAGCAUCGCCAUCAUCAGAGCUCUGGUCCGAGAACCGCAGGUCCUCUUACUGGACGAGGCCACCAGCAAACUGGAUAUCAAAGCACAGCACGCUGUCCUGCCGGAGAUUCUGUCCCGAGGUCGGACAGUCCUGGUGGUGGCUCAUCAGCUGAAGACUGUGGAGGAGGCAGAUCACAUCAUCUUCAUGGAGAACGGAGCAGUGGUGGAAGAGGGGACACACCGAGAACUCAUGGCCAAGAGAGGACGAUACCACCGUCUGAAAGAGGAGCUCUUCUCUUCUCCGCCUGAGAGAAGCUGAGGACUGAAAACUGUGCAGUGAAACGUGCACGUGUGUUUAAAGUGAGAGAAUGUUGAGCCGGGAGCAGGAUAAUUAAGUGUUGGCCGAUCAGAGUGCUUCAGUGUCACUUCACCCGGAUCAUUUGUGAGUUACAACCACAAGAAUACAGUGAAAUCCUGCACCACUGACUUCAGACCAGGCUUUUGUUGCUUUGUGCUGCUUCUUUAGAAAUCCACCCGACCGCAGCUUAUUGCUCGACAGGCGCGGCUGCUCAGAUCAUUUACUUUUAACAAUAAACAUGGGGGUGGGGCAUCAACAUGACAAGUGUGUUUAUUUGUCCACAGUAACUUGAAUAAAUAAAGAUGAACUCUGUUUUUAUUCCCACUGUGUUUAAUCGUCUUUAAGUGUUACAGAUGGGGUUUUUGCAUCAAGCACAUUUUGAUAGAACGUCUCUCAGUGAAAUAUUCUGCUCCAACAAAACACAAACAUAGAUAUCAUGUGAUACUGUAACACACCCUUUACCUCAUUGCACACUUCCUACAUUCCUGGAAUGACAGUGUGUUCCUUCCUGCUUCCUUCCACAAAGUUUGUCGGUGAUCCGUCCUGUAGUUUUUAUGUAAUCCAGCAAACCGACAGAGGAACAAUCAGAGGAACGUUUCUAAAGUGCUGAUUAAUGAAAAAGUUCUCACUGCUUCUCUCCUGAUGAAUUAACUGGCUCUAAACCGGGGACUCUGUCGAGUGUUCGCAGCGCAUGGCGCCGCCAGCAGGCCGGAGCCGGUACUCCGGGACGGUGCAGGGUUGCCUCCCUCCUUCCAGAGGAGCAGCGGAGUUUGUUCAGCCUGAGUCUCGGUGCAGAUCUGCAGCUGCUGCUCCUCACGAUGAUCCAUCACCUGGCCCUUCGCUCCAGGUCUCUUCACCGCAGAUGUGUUCUGUCCGCAGCUCGCAGGGUUCUGCAGAGAACGUGGACUCUUCAGUCUGGACUUCCUGCAGCGAGUCGGUGAGUCUGCAAACUUUCACUUCAAACUCACAGACGCGCUCGUGCUCCAACAUCCGUGUGACACACACACACACACACGACGAAGUGGAGAGAUUCUGGAGAAUUACAGAUGUUUCUCUGCAGAGGAAAGUCC